AUGCCUAAUUACGACGAAGGAGAAUCGUCCAGCAGCGAAAGUACAACACCAGAAGAGGUAAAAGUUACUGAAUGGCUCAUUUUAGGGGCAAAUUUACCGGAAUUGAAGUUAGAGUUGGCUGAUUUCACGAGUAAAUGAUCUUAAGUCACGCCAAUUCUUUCGCGCAUGCAAACAAGGCCAUGUGCAUUUCAACUGGAUGUAUCCAGCGCACUUCUAUUGAAUUGAGUGUGUCAGUUUUUUCGAUCCUAACCCAGUAAAAAAAUGUUUCAUUUUGAUUGAGACUAUAAUCCACAAGACCUGAAAUUUACGCAGCUAAACAAAGCUUUGACAGGCCGAGGAGCUAAUAAAGUCUUUGUUUCUAUCAAAAGUGAAACAGUAAACUUCCAUAUGCGCAUAUUUGCCUGGUAUAACUUUAGUAACAGAAGCUUUUGUCGUGUUAAAAGCAUCACCUGAAACCGGGUAAAUUUAUUUUUAGUGGUUGUGAAUGGAUUCCUGGAUUUGGCCAUUGAAUUUGAACUAAGACAAUUGUAUCCUCAGAAUUACUUUACUUCAACCCAUCGCGGGUUGUUUCCUAGUUAUUGAAUCAUUAUAGUUUCAUUCUAAUGUUAUUACGAUGGAGCUAUACCACUUGUGUAUCAAGACAACUUGCCAGUCUUCAAGCUGAAUAUAUCAUUCACUUUUCAUUAUCUUUGUAGAAGCAUUUUGUAACAAUCUGAUGUUGUAAGGAGAUUUCAUCAUGGAUCUCAAGGUGUACCAUAAAUAAAUAAAAUUAGAACGAAGUAAAGAAAUCGCUUAUUUCUCAAGUCACUGAUUCUCUCAAGAGGUUUGUUUCCUUAUAAAAUAAUGGUUAUCUGACAUUUUGUUGUGUCACUCAUUGAAGGUAGAUAAUUUAGUUUCUGUGUAAGUUUAUAGUUUGAUAACUUUUUUUGGGGUUAAUAUCUUUGUUUAGUCUGGUGAUGAAGCAGGUGAAGAAAAAGCCCCCAAACCUAAAGCACAACCUGGACCACUCAAAGGUGCCUCACAGGAAUAUGAAGAAAAACUGGUAUGAAUUGCUUGAAUAGCUACAUGACAUGACUAAAUAUCAAUCUAGUUUUGAAAUAAAAGCUAGAAAUUGGACUCCAACUCCUGACACAUUCUGCUAACCAUAUGUGACAAAAAAAUCCUUAAACUCCCAAGUCGUGAUUGUCAAUUCUUCCCUCUAGCUAGGACACAUUUCCUGGUAAGUUCGUUAUGAGAAUCUGGUGUUAGAUCAAGAUAACAACUUCUAUUCUUGUUUGAGUAUUCUCUUACCUGUUUAUAGGGAGAAGUUACAUAUUAAUUACUUUUGGAAGUUGAUGGGCUAAAUUAGCUGAGGCUGAAUGAAAAAUUUUUGGUCAGUUUUGAGACCAAAUAUGACUGACUCUGUGUUCAAUACCUUUCCAAUGCCUACCUCAUUUGUAAUAAUCAGCGAAAGAGAACUUUUUCCUUUUUUGUAUUCCAAUCCUUUUUUGGAAAAGUUUAAAUUGAUGUGAAACAGAUCAUAAAAUCUCUAUGAAAAGGUAUGAAAAUGCUUAAGUUAAGUUAAUUAAUAAAAGAAUGUAAAAUUUCCUAUUAAUUUUCUUUUAUCUGAGGAGUUGUGAAGCAAGAAAUGAUCAACAGGCUUUCUUCUAGUAAAAGGGAAUAACCAUGGUAACAAUUUUUUGGUAUUAAUUGGAAAUUCAGGACCCAUACAUAAUUGCCUUUUGGUGCUUUCUAGGAAAGGGACAAGGCCACAAGGUUUAAUUACCUGCUGAAACGAACAGAGAUCUUUGCUCAUUUCAUGAACACAACAAGAUCAAAGAAACAGCCAACAAGUCCACUGAAAAUGAAGGCACCUCAGUUUCCAAGCAGAUCAAGGAAGUUAUCUGACUGUGGGGAGUAAGUAUUGGACUGAAAAUGGGCUAUAUGAAACAUGCUACUCCUUUUCACAACAGAUUUGCAGGGCUGUCAAUAAUUUUGAAAGUUGAAGAAUUUUAAGAUAACUGGUACAUCUCUGAAAACUUUGUAGCUAACACCAGCUCGAAUGAGUUUGAAGCGAUUGAACUCCUCUUAACUGCAGAGUUUGGGAUUGUUUGUCUCAAUUUGAAACUUAUUUAAUUUUUUAGUCAUCGCCAUCGACGCACGGAGCAAGAAGAAGAUGAGGAACUGAUUAGUCAAAAUAAACACUCACAGACAUCUGUGAUUCACUUUGAUCAGAAUCCACACUGUAAGUGAAAUUUUCCUGUUUGAUAAGGUGAAAAAACAUACCUUUUUGGUCAUAAGGAGCACUUAGACAAUUUCCUCAUCAUGUUCAUCUGUACUGAAACACAAUUUUUCAAAAUGCUGUAAUUACAGAUAUUUAAGCUCGCAAACAAGAACAAAAAGCUUGCUUGUAUUGCCUUAAAGAACAAGAGCCAAAAAAAAAUCAUACCAGUGUGAGUAAAUCAGCCACAAGUUCAAAGACUGAAUAGAAGCAUUAAAGUAAAAUGGUUUUUUCAGAGUCACUCUAGUUUUGAAACUCCCAAGAUCUCAUUAGUAAUUCUCUUUACUGUCUGCCAAAUGAUUGUCAUAAUAUUAGUUUGGAGAAUUUGGUAUUGGAUCCAUUGGUAAUCCCAUGAUUGAUAUUUUUCUUUAUUCUCAUCACUUGCCUGCAUGAUAUUUUAUAGAUGUAGAAAGGAGAAAUUUUGUCUUGGUCACUCAUGGGAGUUAAAAUGCUUAAUUACUAACAUGUUUUGUCAUGACACUUCUGCUCCAGAAGUACUGUGUUAUGAAAUGUUGCAGUAAUGAACUCAAAGGCUUUGUAUUUUCCGGUAGUCAUCAAGAAUGGGGAAAUGAGAGAUUAUCAGUUAAGAGGUCUCAACUGGCUUAUCUCAUUGUUUGAGAACGGAAUCAAUGGAAUUUUGGCUGAUGAGAUGGUGAGAAAAUUGUUAACAUCCUUCUUUUUUGUGAGUGUCAUGAGUUCCCUUGAGGAAUUUGUUAGGACAACCUGUGAUGGAUAACAUUUUGCCUUUCUUCUUGAUAAAAAAAUCAAAGUAAGCUCUUGGGCUAAUUCACCAGCAGGCUUUAAAGGCAUUACCUCAUUUUUUUAUUGUAACAGGGUCUUGGUAAGACUUUGCAGACCAUUUCUUUGCUGGGUUACAUGAAGCAUUUCAGAGAAAUGGCAGGUCCUCAUCUUGUUAUUGUGCCAAAGUCCACGCUAGCUAACUGGAUGUCUGAAUUUGAAAGGUGGUGUCCGAGUAUCCGAGCUGUUUGUCUCAUUGGCAAUCAAGAGCAAAGGGUGAGUUAAAUACGUCUGUGUUCUUUAGGAACAAAUUUAGAGUUGGAGGUAAAUUGCUGGGAAAAAAAAAAGGGAAAGUCAAUCAAGACCUUGCCAAGCUAGGUUUGGGUGGGGGACUGGGAAGUGUAUGGCAUUCUUUCUUCCCCCCCUUCCUUAUCCACCAAAGGUCUGGAACAUCUCAAAAUUUUUAAUAUCAGUAUGUAUAUUCUCCAUACUGUUUUCUAUACAUUUCCCAAGGUGCUGACACUGAGAAUUUAUAUAACAAUCCAGAGCUUCUUUAGUUUGUGAUCAUUUCCUUUAUUCUUGUCACUUUUAUUAGUGAUUUCAGUGGGUGAUAUUGUAAGGAGAAAGUAGAUACUAGUCACUCUUAGGGGUCAAAGGGCUGAUGUGGUGUACUAUUGUAUAUUUUCAGGCAGCUUUUAUCCGAGACACCAUGCUCCCUGGAGAGUGGGACACUUGUAUAACAUCUUAUGAAAUGGUGAUAAGAGAGAAAGCGGUGUUUAAGAAGUUUGCCUGGAGGUAUAUCAUCAUUGAUGAGGCACACAGAAUUAAGAAUGAGAAGUCUAAAGUAUGUAUCUACCAAGUGUGGUUGCCACAUUUUACUUCUAUGGUUUCAUUUUUUGUGGUUGUGCUCUGAUGAAUUAUCACUAUGUUUCUCAUCUUGUUUCCAGCUCUCAGAAAUUGUACGAGAACUCCGUUCCUCAAAUCGGUUGCUCCUGACAGGAACUCCUUUGCAGAACAAUCUUCAUGAGCUGUGGUCAUUGCUGAACUUUCUAUUGCCAGAUGUUUUUAGCUCGUCUGAUGUAAGUUGCUCCUGUAUAAUAAGACUAAAUGUAUUAGGGAACUUGUAUGAUUUAUUUUUGUAAGACUAAUCACUUAAGCUGCUCAGAACACAACAACAUUUUGGAAGGAGCAUAAAAGUUCUUGAAAUAAAUAAAGGUAACUGCUGCCUAGGAUGGUGUUAGUUUUAAGGACAUCAUUUAAUUUUUAAGUUUUUGGGCUUUUUCCUAGGAUUUUGACGCCUGGUUCAACACCAAUUCUCUUGUGGAAGAAAAACAACUUGUGGAACGUCUUCAUUCAGUAAGUACUGCAUGAUAUGAUAUAACUGCCAAGGAGACAACUUUGGUUUUGUGAACCUCAUUUCAUAUUGUUUUAAGUAUUGUCCAGGAUCCAUACAUGCAUACCAUACAUACAUACAUACCAUACAUACCAUACAUACCAUACAUACCAUACAUACCAUACAUACCAUACAUACCAUACAUACCUGGAUAACCUCUGUAUGAAAAUUGUCCUCAAAUGUGUUAAUGGAUGCCCUCAUUUCCAUAUUGUUUUCACACUUUGCUGCUUUCCUGUGAUGUAAAAUGUUUUCGUUUUCAUUUUGCAACUUGGCUGCUCAUUUGUGAAGUAUAAAGUUUUAAGUUUCUAACAAAAAUGCUAUGCAACAGACUUCAGCUUUUGUCAGGUUUUUUUAGCAUACUUUUCCAUUAAGCAGGGUGUGAUAUGAUAAAAUUGUUGUCUAAAAAUGUCCAGUUAUCUUUUUCCCCAACAUGUUGAAACACUCAUAAUAAAUAAAUUUGUUUUUAUCACAGGUUCUAAGACCAUUCCUAUUGCGUCGUCUCAAGGCUGAUGUUGAAACUCGACUUCUCCCAAAGAAGGAGACAAAGAUCUAUGUAGGACUCACAAAGAUGCAAAGAUAUUGGUACUGCUUCCUUCAAUGUUCUUUGAAAUAAUUCCUAAUUUAAUAAUUCCUAACUUAACUGCCCUUUACAUGUUCAUCCUAACAUCAGUAUGCAUAUUCUCCAUACUGUUCUCUAUAAUUCCCUGAGGUGCUGACAAGGAGAAUUUGUUUGACAAUCAGGAGCUUCUUUUGCUGGUUAUCAUUUCCUUAGAACAGGGAUGAUAUUGUGAGGAGAAAUUAAUUUCUAAUCACUCUUAGGGGUCAAGGGGUUAAUUGCAGGUCACUUUUUAAUGGAAACCAGCCAAAAGUACACCCAAUCUGAAAUCUGCUUAAAAAAUCGUUGAACACUACAAAUUGCAAGAUGGUAGCAUUAAAAUCUGCCUACCUAUCUCAACCGAGAAAAUAAAAGCCCCAGAUGAGCAUUAUUCACAAGUAUAUAGCAAUAAUCAUUGUUAUUACUAUUGCCUAUUUAGGUACACCAAGAUCUUGAUGAAGGAUAUUGAUGUGGUAAAUGGAGCAGGGAAAUCAGACAAGAUGCGACUACUGAACAUUCUGAUGCAGUUAAGAAAGUGUACAAACCACCCUUACUUGUUUGAUGGAGCAGAACCUGGUAUGUAGAAGAGUGAGAUUCAAAGUGCUUAUGGUCUGUGUGUUGACUGAUGUGAUAAGAUUGGAAGGUUGACAGAGGUGCAAGGGCAGGAACACUUUUUAUAUUGACUUGCAGACUGAGAGGCUUUGUGAUGCCAGCUAGUAAUCUAAAAGAUUGAGUGACUGACUUGAAGCCCAGCUGACUAGUUGACUGAUGACAAGUGGCUGGCCUGCUGGGAGAUUUACUAACUGACCUACAGACUGACUUAACAACUGACUCUUUUAAUGAUGAUAAAUGGUAGUUGACUAACUGACUGACAGACUUUCUGACUUAAGUACUGACAAAGUAACUAUCCAAUGUAUCAAGCACAGGCUGACUGAUUGACUGGCAGACUAACUGAUUUCCGUGCUGACAGACGGAUGGAACCUGUUUGACUGAUAGAGCAACUGUCCUAUUGAUGGCCGAUGAACUGACUGAAUGUAUAGCUGACUGACAAAGUGAUCCAACAACUAAUUGACUGACAGACUUCCUGACUUUCUGAUCAACUGACUAAUUGAUAGAUUGAUCAGCCCUUAAACCCCUAAAAGUGAUAAGUAUCUAAUUUCUCACAACAAUAUCACCUCGGAAUCAAACAAUAAGGUCAUAAGAAUAAAGUGAAUUAUCGCAAAUCAAGAAGCUCCUGAUUGUUAAACAAAUUCUCCUCGUAAGUACUGUAGGAAAAGUAAAGAGAACAAUAUGAAGAACCUAGAUACUGAAGUUAGAUUGUUAGGGGUGAAUUAGUUGACUGAUUGAUGGAUUGAUUUUCCAAAAGGUCCUCCAUACACAACAGAUCAACAUCUUGUAGACAACAGUGGCAAGCUGAGAGUGUUAGACAAGCUGCUUGUUCGGCUUCAACAGGAGGGUUCCAGAGUUCUGAUUUUCUCCCAGAUGACCAGAGUGCUGGACAUCCUUGAAGAUUACUGUCUGUGGAAAGGAUUUGAGUACUGCCGUCUGGAUGGACAGACACCGCAUGAGGAGAGACAAUCAGCAAUCAAUGCAUAUAACAUGCCUGGAAGUGAAAAGUUUAUUUUCAUGUUGAGCACCAGGGCAGGAGGUCUGGGGAUCAACUUGGCCACAGCAGAUAUUGUGAUUUUGUAUGACAGUGAUUGGAACCCUCAAGUAGACUUGCAGGCUAUGGUGUGUUGCAGUAUAUGUGAAUUUUGAUUUGGUAAACAAAAAAUUUACAUCAAGGAAGUUAACUUGAUGUCAUCUUAAGUCAAUAAGACCUCAAAUGGGUACACUUUAAUCUUAAAGAAGACAAUGUUUGGAAAUAAUUUCUUGAAUUUAUAAUCAUAUUGUGAUGAACAACAACAGCAACAAAAACAUUCAUGUCAUUGGGUUGGUAUAUAGUCAAGACUUUAUAACAUCUUUCUCUCUGCUUACAGGAUCGUGCCCAUCGUAUUGGACAGAAGAAGCAGGUGCACGUGUUCAGGUUCAUCACAGAGAGCACUGUUGAAGAAAGGAUUGUGGAACGAGCAGAAAUGAAACUCAGACUUGAUGCCAUUGUUAUCCAACAAGGUCAGGCAUAGUGGUUGCUUCCUCUAGCCUUCAGUUGGCUAAACUUUAAAGAAUAGACCAUAAUUUAAAAUGCAGAGCGUAAGUAAAUGAGUAAGAGUUUAGUAACUACCAAAAUGUGUGCAUGAUUCAGCUUAUCACAUAGAAGUAAACAAUCACAUGGCAACAAGGAAUCUAUUUUUAGAAAUGAAAGGAAGUACCAUAGCCAAUCAAUUUGUAUCAUUUUUUAUUGUACACUAACAGGUUUAUACGAGUAAAUUUAAGCUUAUGCCAGUGGAUUGAUCACAUUGGCUGCUAAUUGCUGCUAAAAAAGAGAUGCAUAUUUCAUCAGAGGAAAUUCCUUAUCACAGUCCUGCGCUACCCACUUUUUAUUUACUCACUUGCGAUGAAAUUUCAACUUAUUUGUUUCCCUAGGUCGACUUGUUGAUCCUAGUCUUAAGGUCAGCAAGGAUGAGAUGCUGAGCAUGAUCAGACACGGUGCAGAUGAAGUGUUUGCCUCCAAAGAUGAAGAAAUUACAGACGAAGACAUUGAUGCCAUCAUGAAGAAAGGAGAGAAAAAGGUGAUGUGUCUUUUGUAAUAAACAGAUAAAAACAGAUGAUUCAUUUUAGGCUCUGUCGUCGAAUAAAGAAUUAUUUUUUUUAAUCAGCUACGAGCAAGAUUCGAGGUUUACGAUUUCAGGUCAAGGAUUUGUUUUUCUUUAGUAACAAAAUUUUGCUGUUGUGUUUGUUUUUAAGACUGCUGAGCUUGCUGAGAAGAUGAAGCAGUUUGGCGAGAGCUCACUGAGGAAACUGGCCAUGGAUGCCCCAGCAGAAAGCAUCUUCCAUUUCGAGGGCGAAGACUACAAAGAAAAGCGUAAGGUGAGAGAAUUAAUUAAGGAGCGUGUUCAAAAUUAGGGCGAACAAUAAGAACUAACUGCUAGAUAAGAAAAUUGCAACAGAAAUGCGAUGGUUAAUUUCCAUAAAAAGAUGCAGUUUCCUGGUAAGAACUAAAACCAUACAACCAGGACAGCUAAUGAAAACAAGAAGAAAUAUCUCAAGGGUCCAACAAGAAAUUUAAGUGGAAAUCUGUGAACUUCUUAAGUGGGUUAGUGGCGAUUUGUUAAGUUUUUCAUCGUUUUGGUGGAGACGGUGAGAAGAAUUUCUCAGGUUUGUCAUUAGAGGGAGUAAAGAAUAAAAGUUGUCUUGGACUUAGUCUUUCGACCUAGUAACUGAAAAUUGCUCCAUCAGAGAAAUUUUCUAUUAAGUGUCGAAGGUAAUCUGGGAUUGAUUUGGUUUUGCUCCAUCUCGUUACGUGAUUGGCCUAGAAAACUCGCGCCACUUUCUUAACCAAUCAGGUUCAAAACUAAAACCAAUCGCGACCAGCGUCUUCCCGCGCUUUAGGUCGUUCGCUUGUUUUUACUUUGAGUUCUCAUUGGCUCCUGGUGAUGUUUUCCAUGCUAUGAUUGGCCGUUGUGAUUGCUUUGAUUUUGGUGUCAGUGGACACGCUGUUGAAAGCGUGCUUAUUGAGUUUGGUUUGUUUGAUCUCUUUCAGUCUGGCGUUUUCCCGCACUGGAUUGAGCCGCCUAAGAGAGAACGUAAAGCGAACUAUGCUGUUGACGCCUACUUCAGGGAAAUGCUGCGAGUUAGUGAACCAAAGGCGCCAAAGGUGGGAAAAAUAUGAGUAAACUAGGAAUUUUUGUAUAAAUUUGAUGAUUUAGUUGUGUUGGGGAUAGCGGUAGCUUAGUGGUCUUACUCAGUUCAACAUUUAAUGUUGAAUGUCACGGCAACUGAACACGUUUUUCAAGCAAUAUUGAAGGCUUGAAUUAACUGAGCUUUCGAAAAUGUUCAUAAUUUAUUUUUAAAAUGUUUUUGCUCUCGUCCUUUCAGGCACCGCGACCUCCAAAGCAGCCUAACGUACAGGACUACCAAUUCUUCCCACCGAGGCUGUUUGAAUUGUUGGACAAAGAGAUCUACGCGUACAGGAAGAGUAUUGGCUACAAGGUGAGGGGCUCAGAUAAAGAGUUCUUUUACAACCUAAGUGUUAGCCUCUUCUCUUUGGGAACCUUCGAACUCAAAUUAGCACUAACUACUAGUUUAGGGGCUCAGAUGAAUAGUCAUGUUAUGACCUCAGUGUGAGCUUCCGCAUUCAAGGAACCAUCAGGGUAUGUUCAUUGACUUGGUGUUACUUCGUUUUUCUUGCUCACCUGACAAUGUUUUGCUUGUGUAGGUUCCGAGAGACCCUGAAGACCCUCAAGGAGCAGAGAGACAGAAGGAGGAACAGCGUUUAAUAGAUGAUGCUGAACCGCUAAAUGAAGAGGAAGCUGCCGAGAAAGAACAGCUCCUCCAAGAGGUAUCUUCUAUUUGUCUUUUGUUGUGACUGUUCCUUUUUCAGCCUAGUUAUGACUGCCGGAGCUGCCAUUUCGCGAUCUGAUGAAGAGAAAAGCAAGUAACUCUUGCAGAGCACGGGAAAUAUGCAGUGAACGCUUUGCAGCGAAGAAGUAAAAUGGGUGCCACUCUCAGAAAGUCGAACGCAUAAACAUAUAACCAGUGUCUAGCGCGAAAUAACAUCCAACCUUGUAAGCGCGGGAUAACUUUAACCAUCGGUAUAUUGCUGGAAACGUGUAAUCGGUGCUGAGCGCGGGAAAUAUGUAACCAGUGUCAGUCGCGGGAAAAGUUGUAACUCUUGUCAAGUACAGGAGAAAACGUGAGAAAACGUGUGACCAGUUGUAAACGCAGGAAAAGAUUAGAUGUAAGGAUUGUCAAGGGUGGAUAAACGUAUAACUAGUGUUACGUGGGAAUAACAUGUAACAGGUGCUGAGCGCGGGAAAACGUGUCACCAGCACCAUGCGUAGGAUAGCGUACCCAGCGUCAAGCGCAGGAAAAGGUUAGCUGUAUACAGUGUCUAGCGCGGGAAGACACGUAACCGGUGUCAAGCGCGGAAAACAUGUAACCAGUGUCAGUCAAGCGAGGGAAAUAUGUAAGCGUUGUAAAGCGCUGGAAAAGUGUUUUAAGGGGUCCAGCUAUGGGAACAUGAAGCGAAUGUCAAACGCGUAGAGAAUUUGAAGCGCGGCAAUGCUCCUGGGUCUGAUUAUUUGUAUGAUGUAACUCAUCAUCUCGUAACCCUGCAUUUCUUGAUCGUUAAUUAUUACUAAUUUUAUUCUGUUUGAAUCUAGGGCUUUACAAACUGGUCGAAGCGUGAGUUUAACCAGUUCAUCAAAGCGUGUGAGAAGUACGGUCGUGAUGACUUGGACAACAUCUGCCAGGAAGUUGAGGGCAAAACUCCAGAUGAAGUGCGGGCUUAUUCCGCUGUGUUUUGGGAGCGAAAAGACGAAAUGACCGAUAUCGAGAAGAUAAUGGCUCAAAUUGAACGAGGUGAAGCCAAGAUUCAGCGGCGAAUCAGCAUAAAGAAAGCGCUGGAGGCCAAGGUAAGAAAUUCAUCAAAGCGAUCGAAUCAACAUUUGAAAGUUAUUUAGAAAACUAUUUAGAUGUUAUUGAAUAACCUCAGUUUUAGUUAGAGCUUUUUAUGGGAAUGGUACGAGUUUUCUCUGAAGACGACUCACAGUGCAUAGCAAAGUUAUGCAAUCCCAGAUGCAAUCCUAGAUAACUUUCUACAUCUUAUUCAUGGAAAUUUAUCCUUGCGUUACAGAUGGCGCGUUAUCGCUCCCCAUUCCACCAGAUGAGGAUCGCAUACGGAACAAACAAAGGAAAGAAUUACACUGAAGAGGAGGAUCGCUUCCUGGUUAGUAAGAAAGCUUCUUUAUAUUGGUUUAGAUAAGUUUGUGCUACGUUGGCACAAGAACGUUCGCCAUCUCCAAGGUAAUUUCGCUCGUUCGCUCUAUUCUUAUUAACUUUCUUCUUUAAUUCGGUUGACACUUGUAAGAGAUUGGCCUUUGCUCAACCAACUACAAAUUUUACUGAUAUCUUGUUCGCUAACAGUUCAACUUCUUGGAAGAAGGCAACGAAAAGAAGAGUGCCUUUUGAUUGGAUGUUGUAAAGCUUAAGAUGUGAUUGGUCGAGAGAAUGAUUCGAAGUUUCUAAGCUAAUAAUUGAUCGAAGAGAAAUAAAACAAAUGCGAUAAUAGAUUAAUUUGGACAUGUGAUUGAAAUUUGCCCUACUUGUAUGCAAACUUGAAAUGUAAUUAAUGUAUAUUUCUGACCAUUAGAUUUGCAUGCUGCACAAACUCGGGUUUGACAAGGAGAACGUGUAUGAAGAACUGAGAAUGGCUUGUAGAAGUGCUCCUCAGUUCCGGUUUGACUGGUUCCUGAAAUCCAGGACAGCUCAGGUGUGGAAAACGCUCUCGAUCUUUUAUUUUUGUUAAGAUUUAGGAAGAUUUGAGACGAGUUGAGGCCUGGCACUAAUAAUCUCAUGGUUGGUGCCAGACCUUUCGUGGGCUCGCUUUACUCAAGCACUCAGAAUUUCUUGUGGGUUAAGAAAGGCUGGUGUCGCAGCAGUAAUAAAAGGAAGCUCGAAGGCUACAACUUAUUUUGACGACUGUUGUCGUUACAGGAGCUUCAGCGCCGUUGUAACACGCUGAUAACACUGAUUGAACGAGAGAUGAUGGAACUUGAGGAGAAAGAAAAAGCUGAGAGAAAGAAACGAGGAAAGGCUGCUGGGGGAACACCCAAGGUAGGUGACACCUUGUGGGUUCUGAUAUGAAAUAUAUGACAAGUCUUAGUCUUAUUUUGUCACCCGCUAAUCUACCUUCCGCUUAAAGGAUAGAAACACGCGAGGGGAUUAGACCAGAUUGCUAAUGACGAACUUAGAAGCGUUUCCAUCUGCUAGACCAAUGAAAAACUAGGAUUAAUUUGGUGCGCCACGUGACUGUGUCAGUGCUCUCUGAUUGGCUGAAAGUUUGAUAAUUAAUCGCUGGGUCUUGAAACGUAAGAGCUGCAAGGAAAAAACGAGUGUGAAGCGCCCUUCUAUAGUACCUCCGAUAAACUGCUUUGUGCAUCUAUUAUUGCGACUUAUUUCGUAUUUUUCCAUCGCAGGCUCAAACGCCGAACAAGGAUGAAAAGAAAAGAAAGGCCGAUGGCACUCCUGAUGGGAGAGGUCGCAAGAAGAAGAAACAGUAGACAAAUGACAUCUUGAAUUCUUAUCAGAACAAAGAGGGAAUGAUCUUGUAAAAUAUUAAGCUUUAACCGUUUUUGAUUGGUGAAUUUUUCCAUCUCACUUGUAUUAUAGCAAACUUGUAAAAGUCUACUUGUAUCGUUUAGCGCCGUCAGUUUUUCCUCUAUGAAAGUAAUUAUCGAGUUCACCACGAUUUUUUAGUUCACUAUUCCAGGUAUCAAUCUCAAGGUGCAAGUCGGAUGUGUCCUUUAGCAAGGUUGGGUCUUCUUCAGUUAGCGCAUAAAGGAUGAUGUUUAUCCAAGAUUUUUAAUUGUCAAUAACGUAAUAAAGGUGCCUCACUAAUUUACAGAUUAUGAGUGAUCUAAGCUGGUUGAAAUAACACCAUCUUUCCGCUUCCAAACGGAAACAAACAAAAUAUUCCUCACGUACCAAAGCCACGACUUUGAGAGAAAAGUCACAGUUAUUUGUUCCUUGAAGCUAUCACUUUUUCUGGAGCCCAACUAUCCCGCAACCAAGGGAUAGGAAGCUUUCGUUUAUAAUUGGAAUUUCAUUGCCCAGAUCUCUAUUAUUUUUAGCCGUGCACUGCUUGCGCAACAGUUUUCCUAAAGAGGAGACAAACCACUAGAAGAACUUCAACACAAACAGGUCUAGAAACUGGUCUUUAAUUAUAAACUUUUGUUCUAGGCAACAAAAAACACCAAACAACUUGUGCACUUGGGACUUCCCAAUAAACAGUAAGGCAUCUCCAUUGUUCUCUGUUGACUUAACGUUUAACUGACCUGAUAUUAAGAACCAAUAAGUUAAGUGUUACUAACACUUGUUAGUCUCACUUAGACAAGGGCUUUUAGUCUUCAAAAAUGAAAAUUGUCUUGUCAUUCACUGCCCAUGCUAAUCAUAUAAAUCUCUCAUUCCACUGCUUACUUCCUCAUCAG